GUUAGGACUAUAAACUAGCAGUAAUAAAACUAAUACGUGUCUUUAUUGAAGUGGAGUUGUAUGGCCAUACACUUUAGCGAGCGAUCUCCGGUUGACUUUCAAUGUGUUAUUGUAAUAUUUCACGUCUAGAAUUAAACUGAAAAUUUAUUUGAUCAGAAAAUUGUGGAUAUAUAAACAGAAGAACUCUGCUUCUACUGCUGUAAGUCACGAUGCUGCUGUUGUUGCUGAUGCUGUAUCUGUACGUGUGCCACGCCCUGUCCCCUGACCCCACCGUCACCUCACCCAGCGGCAAGUACCGUGGUACGACCCUCACCUCGCCAGCUGGACUUCGCUACAACGCUUUUCUGGGGAUCCCGUUCGCGCUACCACCUACAGGGGCUCUCAGAUUUGCUAAACCCGUCCCUUACCCAAAGAUUGAAGAUGUCUUCAUCGCCACCAAACGUGGCCCUGUGUGUAUACAAUCACUGGGUGUAGAUCUGGGCACACAGGCCGAUGAAGACUGUCUCUAUUUGAAUGUAUACCUUCCCAUUCAUGCAGAAUCGAACCCUAACCAUUUAAAGAAAGUCUUUGUCUACAUCCACGGUGGCGGCUACUUCAUGGGUUCUGCUAAUGAACAGGUGCCAGGUGAUCUAGUUACACAGCAUGACGUCAUCGUCGUGACCUUGAACUAUCGCCUCAGCUGGCUCGGGUUUCUACGAGCAGACGACCCCCAACUCCCGGGUAACCAGGCGAUAUGGGAUCAAAUCCUGGCGCUCAAGUGGGUCAGAAAAAACAUUCGGUCGUUCGGCGGAGAUCCGAACCACAUCACCAUAGGCGGCAACUCCGUGGGCAGCAUAAGUGUAUCAGUUCUCAGCAUCGUCCGACAGGCCAAGUAUUUAUUCCACAGGGCUUUUCUCAUGAGCGGUUCAGCCUUUCAGAACGUGUUCACAGCCAGUGGCUCCCCAGCCCUUGUCUUAGAGUACAUCUCCAACACCGUGGGCUGUACCUCCGCAGACUUGCAGGAUAAAAUACAGUGUUUAAAAACUCUGCCAUCCAGCGCCUACGUUCUUCCUAUCAUAGGCACCUUUCCCCUGCUCUUCUUAAGCCGGGACGGGGAGCUGUUCCCGGCUCCCAUAAUGGAGCUGGUAAAAAACACGACUUACUUGAAGCAUGUGGGAUUUUUUGAGCGGGAUUACCUGGUCAGCAUUACCAAUAACGAGGGACCUAUAGCCAUGGUUGGACUAUUUUCCAUGGGAAUCGACCCAACCAACUUCACAAUUGACCAUCUCAGCCAAAUCCUUCAGACGACGCCAACUAUCGCCCAGAUGACCCUGGACUUCUACACUGGUCUUAAACUGCCCUUCCCGACCUUAUAUCAUUUGAUAGGAGACUACAUCUUAGACAUACCCACACUCAAUUUUAUAAAGGUGUUAACCUCUUACGUCACUGACUACCACAAACGAGCCUACUACAUGGUACUCAACUACACCCCUACACUUGUGCCGCCACUGCUCAACGGUUUUCCUCACGCUCUGGACGUGUCCUACCUUUUUGACAUCAGACCAGAUGACGUGAUCAAGUUGUAUUAUCGUGUGAACACUGGCUUAGAUUUCACCGAAGAGGACAGAAAGCUGAAAAAGGUCUACAUGAACAUUGUAGCAGGCUUCAUUAAGAAGGGAGACCCAAGCUGGACACUGGCGUCCAACCUGACCUGGCCACCUUUUGACCUGAGGUCCCAACACUUCCUCAACUUUGACCAGAGCCCGCAUGUAGACCAGUUCCCCAUACACCAGAGACAGAUAUUUUGGGAGACCACGUUCAACAGCAUGUUAUAAAGUACCGGACACAGGGUCCAGUUUGGUCAAUUGUAAAAUACUGGACAUAUAAAACUGGCCAGCAUUCUAGCGUGGAUCAGACUUACGAUAAAUGACGCUGAAGUUAAUCUAAUCCCAAGGAUAACCCAUACUACUCAUUGGCGUAGCGAGGUCGGG